AUGAUCCUGAGGGCAUACCGCAGCCGUCGCUCACGGCAGCGCCGCAUACUGUAUGCGUUACUAUACACCAUCGUGGCACUGCUGACUUACGACCUCCUCACGAUCCUCAAGCACUACCGCGAGUUCUCCCGCAGUCUCCUGUCCCACACGUACGGCGAUUUCGCGACGCUCCCUUCGCCGGUGCAGAACCAAAAGGUCUUCAUCGUCGCUCAGUUCUGGACGAACGCCGCCGUGAUACACGACCGCUGGGGCCAGGCGCUGCUCGACCUGGUCGGCGCACUGGGCAAAGAGAAUGUGUACAUAUCGAUCUACGAGUCGGGCAGCCUCGACAACACCAAGGAGAUUCUGAAAGUUCUCGACUCGGUGCUCGGGGAGAGCAACAUCCCGCGCACCAUCGUGCUCGACCACACCACGCACGCCGACGAGAUCAACGCCGGGCCCCUCGACGUGCAAGGCAACCCGCGGCCGGGCUGGAUCCAGACGACGACAGUCGGCGUGGGCAAGGAGAUGCGCCGCAUCCCGUACCUCGCGCGGCUGCGCAACAAGUCCCUCGAGCCCAUGUUCGCGCUGCAGUCGUCGGCGCUCCAGCCGCAGACGUUCGACAAGGUCCUGUUCCUCAACGACGUCGUCUUCCGGCCGCCGGACGUGCUCUCCCUCCUGGCCACGAACCAGGGGUCGUACUCGGCCGCGUGCGCCCUGGACUUCCACUACCCGCCGGACUACUACGACACGUUCGCGCUGCGCGACGCCGACGGCUACGGCACCAUCCACACAAAGUUCCCCUACUUCAGGUCGCGGGACUCGCGCGACGCCCUCCUGGCCGGCCGCGCCGCCAAGGUGCAGUCGUGCUGGAACGGCAUGAUCGCCAUGGACGCCGCGCCCUUUUACGAGGGCCUGCGCUUCCGCGCGCUCGGCGACAGCCUGGCCAGCAAGCACCUCGAGGCCAGCGAGUGCUGCCUGAUCCACACCGACAUGGCGACGCGGAAGCUGGGCGGCGAGAAGGGCGUCUACGUGAACCCGGCCGUGCGCGUCGGCUACACCAUCCCCGCCUACAACAUGACACACGACGGGCCGGAGCGGACGUUCGUCUCCGCCGCGCAGUACGUAAAGGGGGUCUGGGCCAACCGGGUCCUCCGAAACCUUCUCCCCGCCACGACGCACACGAUGAAGGACGUCGAGCGUAGAGUCCAGCAGUGGAAGGACGAGGGCGAGCACUCCCUCGAGACGAGGGAAGAGUCCGGCGAGCUUUGCAUCAUUGACGAAACCCACAUUUUGAUCUGGAACGGCUGGAAGCAUGUCUGA